CAGGCGUCGGAGCGGACGGCCGCGGGCGCCGCCGCCUCCUCCUCCAUGGCUGUUUACCCGGCUGCAUUGUGGGAGUUUGACCUCCGCCGCCGCCAACCGCCGCCUCAGCUUGCGCCGCCGCCGCUGCCGCGCACGCCAUGGGAGCCGUGACUGACGACGAAGUCAUACGGAAGCGUCUCCUAAUUGAUGGAGACGGCGCUGGAGAUGAUCGGAGAAUCAAUCUGCUCGUGAAAAGUUUCAUUAAAUGGUGCAACUCCGGCUCCCAGGAAGAGGGAUACAGCCAGUACCAACGUAUGCUGAGCACACUGUCCCAAUGUGAAUUUUCAAUGGGCAAAACUUUGCUGGUAUAUGAUAUGAAUCUCAGAGAAAUGGAAAACUAUGAAAAAAUUUACAAAGAAAUAGAAUGUAGCAUUGCUGGAGCACAUGAAAAAAUUGCUGAGUGCAAAAAGCAAAUUCUUCAAGCAAAGCGAAUACGAAAAAAUCGCCAAGAAUAUGAUGCUUUGGCGAAAGUGAUCCAGCACCAUCCAGACCGGCAUGCGACAUUAAAGGAACUAGAGUCUCUGGGAAAGGAACUAGAGCAUCUUUCACAUAUUAAAGAAAGUGUUGAAGAUAAGCUGGAAUUGAGACGGAAACAGUUUCACGUUCUACUUAGUACCAUCCACGAACUUCAGCAGACGCUAGAAAAUGAUGAAAAGCUCUCAGAGGUAGAAGAAGCUCAAGAAAGCACCAUGGAAACAGAGCCUAAGCCGUAGACAGGCUACUGGUGUACCCUUCCCAAGAGUGUGGGAGUGACAGCAUGUUUAAAGUUCUGGCAGUAAACUACCUUGCUUUUAAAUAUUAACGCACAGUUCAUUCGUAUUUCUUUACACAAAGGAAAAAAUUUCAGUAUACAUUUGUUUGUAUUGAAAUGUCUUUUUUAUUCUGAAACUUAAAAGGUAGGAAGCCACAUCCAAAAAUGUUUAAUAAAAUGUUUUCAAGCCA